CGUCGGUGUUCGUAAAAUGGCGGACGGUGACAUUGAUUUGUAUGCCGAUGAUCUUGAGCAAGAUUUUGCGCAGGACGAGUUUGCUGGAGAUGGAGUAGAUCUAUACGAUGAUGUAAUUGCGGCUCCUCCUGGUGGAAAUGGUGGUGUGUCUGGUAGUAAUAGUGGUGCUGGAGAUGCUGAUGCAACUUCACCGAAUGAAGAAUCAAAUGGUACUGCUCCAUAUCAUCAACUUGGAAAUAAUAUUCAACCAAAUCAAAUAGGAAGGCGCCAUCAGUUGUAUGUUGGCAAUUUAACUUGGUGGACAAGUGACCAGGAUAUAACAGAUGUCGUCCAGAGCAUAGGUGUAUCCGAUUUUGUUGAAGUGAAGUUUUUUGAAAAUCGUGCAAACGGGCAGUCGAAGGGCUUCUGUGUCAUAUCUUUGGGAUCCGAACAAAGUAUGAGAAUAUGCAUGGAAAGGCUUCCAAAAAAGGAACUUCAUGGUCAGAAUCCAGUUGUGACUUUCCCAACCAAACAGGCAUUAAAUCAA